AUGCUCUACGAAGAAGAACAAGAACCUCAUCAAGAAAAUUCCUCCAUUCAAAAGUUGCCAUCUCUCACACAAACCAUUCAACACAUCCUCUCCGACCUCAUUCAUUCCUAUUCUUCUUCUUCUCAUCAUUCAUGUACCGAUGAUGAUGAUGAAAACAAGAAUAAAAACAACAAAAAAAUAGGACAACAACAAUUACCACCCGGAUUGCCCGAUGCCUUUUUUCAUACGCUCCAACACAAGGUACACUUUCAUUCCCCGAUGGGCCAUGAGGUUCCCAUUCUGCCAUGUCCUUUCAAACAACAUGAAGCCGUGAGUGUGUUGAAGGCAAUGGAAGGAGUGUUGGCUCGUCUCAUUGCUACGGAACGUGGUCUCGUUUCAACCUCUUUUCCUUUUAACAAGAACCAAGAGGAUGAAGAGCCUCACAACAACAACAACCUCCUCAAGGAAAUAGGCAAUAAUACCUCUAGCACGAAUAAUAAUAACAACUCCAACACCACCCGUCCCAUUGUAGUCAAUCUAGAUAGAGCCUUACUCUAUCUCAAUACCGUGGUGUGGGCCUACGCUGAAGAUCCCACGACCAUCAUGAAGGCUCUUCCGAAUACGGAUUAUCAUUCCACGUUUCCUCCUGGAAAUGUAUGGCGUUUUGCCUCUACCAACAUUUAUCAAUGCAAAGAUGGACACUACUAUCAUCUGCAUGGUUCUCUCAACGCAACUCCUACUUUUGAAAUGUUGAAACUUCCUCCUUUUCUUCAACCAUUAGUAAUAGAUCAGAAUUCUUCUUCUUCUUCUGUGGAGGAGGCGGCACAGACCGUCUCUAAGAUCACGGAUCAAGAAGCCUAUGAACGAAUUGCUCAAGUCAUUCGGGGAGAGUGGAAUUCCGAUGAAAUUGAAUGGACGGCGAAUGAGCAGUACAGACAAGCUGGAACUCGAUGUUGGACGCGAGAGGAAUUUCUGGCAAGUGAACACGGAAAAAUCAUUCAUGAAAAACCAUUGUGGGAGGUGGAGAAGGUCGUGUUUGAUAAGGUUGAAAAACCAAAACCUUUCGAUUCAAACAAUGGUGAAGAAAUUUCUGACAGCAAGUCAGAAGAACACAAGAGUGUGAAACGGAUUUUAGAGGGAGUGAAAGUGUUGGUCUUUGGUAGAGCGAUUGCAGCUCCUGCCAUUGGUCGUAAUUUGGCAGAAUAUGGUGCUCAUGUGCUCAAAGUAAUUGGUCCUCAGAAUCCAGAUGGAUCUGUCUUUCAAUUGGACAAUGUUGGCCAACAUUCAUGUUUUUUGGAUUUAAAAACUGAGGAAGGCAAGAAACAAGUCGAAUCUCUCAUUAUGGAGGCAGAUGUGUUGGUACAAGGCUAUCGACCUGGCGCUUUGGAAAAAUUAGGUUUUGGUUUUGAUCGAGUGGCUCAGCUUGUUCAAUCUCGUGGUUAUGGCAUUGUCUAUGUUUCUGAGGAUUGCUAUGGAACAGGUGGACCAUUGUCACAUCGUUCUGGAUGGCAACAAAUUGCAGAUUGUUUUUCGGGCGUGGCAUGGGCACAAGGAAGAGCUUUGGGAUUGGAGGAACCAGUGAUUCCCUUGUUACCAAUUUCAGAUUAUUGUUGUGGAGUGAUGGGAGCGUGUGCUGCAUUGGAUGGAUUGUAUCGUCGAUGUAAAUAUGGAGGAUCUUAUUACAUGACCACUUCAUUGACCAAAUACAAUGAUUGGUUACAAGAGUUGGGCAUGUAUCCAGAGGAAGUGGUAAAGGAGUUGGUUCAAUCUUUUGGAGUUUCAUACCGUUGCCAUGACAACAUGAUGGCUCAAACAACCAAAACCCUCGGCGGCUUGGUGAAGAAAAUUCCACAAAUAAUGGUGGGAAAUUUUGGCAAAUUUGAAGAGACACCUUUUGGAAUUCCAGUCAAGUAUUUGAAACCUGUUAUUUCGAUUCGUGGCACGGUGAAUGAGUUUUUGUGCCCUCCAAGACCGCACGGAUAUGAUAAGCCAGAAUUUCCAAAAUACCGAUAA